UUCUACUGUAGAGGUAGCCAGUGUGGCGGAUUGGGGGGAGCCUACGUGCAUGGCCGCCGGCAGCAACAAGUGGUGGCAGGACUACCCGUCGCAGCACGACCAGCUGCCGCCGGUGUCCAUGCCGCCGGCGCAAGACGCUCCCUUGGCGGCCUUCUCGCCCGAGACCAAGCCGCCGCCGCCGCCGCCGCAGCAGGGCCAGGGGCCGGAGGCCGGCGCCAUCGUGCCGCUGCGGCGGCCGCGGGGCCGGCCGAUGGGGUCCAAGAACAAGCCCAAGCCGCCGGUGAUCAUCACGCGGGACAGCCCCAACGCGCUGCACUCCCACAUCCUCGAGGUGCCCCCCGGCGCCGACGUCGUCGCCUGCGUCGCCGAGUACGCGCGCCGCCGCGGCCGCGGCGUCUGCGUGCUGGGCGCGUCGGGCGCCGUCGCCGACGUCGCCGUGCGCGGCGCGGCGGGCCCCAUCCCGGGCCGCCUCGAGCUGCUCUCCAUGACCGGCACCGUGCUCCCGCCCCCGGCCCCCGCCGAGGCGUCGGGCCUCGCCGUGCUGCUCUCCGCCGGGCAGGGCCAGGUCGUCGGCGGGUGCAUCGUGGGGCCGCUCGUCGCCGCCGGCACCGUCACGCUCUUCGCCGCCACCUUCGCCAACGCCGUCUACGAGCGCCUCCCGCUCCAGGACGACGCCGUCGACGCCGACGUCAAGCCCGACCUCUCCAACGCCACCGACGCCGCCCUGUCCCAGCAAGUGCAGGCACAUCUGCCGCUGCCGAUGUCUCAGCCCAUGGCCAUGGGCGCCGGCUACCCCGACCACCGCUCGCCUCCGUACGCCUGGGGAGGCCAUUGAGGCUGCAUCUGACGACCAACCUGUGGACCGAUCCUUAGCUUUCUGCUCUUCUUGCUCCUAACAUCCUCUAGACAAGUAGGCGAGUUUAUUGAUUCAUGGAGUGCUCUUCUUGGGCUCCUGUAAUUUACUUUCACCCCCCAUUCUGAUUUUGGUGUCCAAGAUCAGCACAAAACGGCGACGAAGCAGACCAUCGAACCACUUUGUGUGUGGUUAAUUGAGGUCAGUGUUCUAGUUUUACAAGCUUGCCUACUGGUUUCGGAUUUAGCCCAUUCAGCCUGAGUCGGUGUAGAAUCAAUAGAGCAUUACCAGCAUGUGAAUUGUGCUAACUGACUGGGGGAAUCGGGAUUUUGUUCCCUCAAAACAGAAAAUUGGGAUUUUGUUGUUAAUUAUGCUUUUC